AUGGCUCCCAAAGCUGCUACUGCUGAAGGUAAAAAGGGUGGUGCUAAGAAACCAACUCCUUACAACGAAUACAUGAAAGUUCAACUUGCCAAACUCAAGGCCGAAGCUGAGAAAUCAGGUAAACCUUCAAACCACCGAGAAAACUUCAAGAAAGUUGCUGAAUCCUGGAAAAAUGCUCCCGAGAACCCUGUUAGUAUAUACUGA